AUGGCGCAUGAUGCUGACGGAGUUGGGUGCUCUUCAAGUUCUUCUGGUUCAACCAAGAGAAGGAAGUAUCAUGUGUUUUUGAGUUUUCGAGGGGAAGAUACUCGGAAAAAUUUUACUGAUCAUUUGUAUGCUGCUUUAAAAUGCAAAGGAUUAAAAACUUUCAGGGAUGAAGAAGAACUUGAAAGGGGAGAAUCUAUUAAUCCAAGUUUAAUACAAGCAAUUGAAGAGUCUCGUUCUGCAAUUGUUGUGCUCUCCCCAAAUUAUGCUUCUUCAACUUGGUGUUUGGAUGAGCUUCAAAAGAUUCUGCAGUUAAAAGAAAAGACAAGUCUUCAAGUAUUUCUCAUAUUUUACGGCGUAGAUCCUUCUGAUGUUAGGAAACAAAAAGGAAGUUUUGCAGAAGCAUUCAGAAAGCAUGAAGAAAGAUUUGCCAAAAACAAAAUAAAGGUGCAAAAGUGGAGAGAUGCUUUAGAAAAAGUAGCUACUUUAUCUGGUUGGGACUCAAAAGAUCGGUAUGAAAGCGAAUUCAUUGAAAGCAUUGUUGAAGAAAUGGGGUCAAAGUUACUUGAUAAAUCAGCAUUUGGUCAUGGCAAGUUAAUUGGAAUUGGACCAAAAUUAGACAAACUGAAGUCAAUCGUUGCAAGUGAAUCAGAAGGAGUUGGGUUUAUAGGAAUAUGGGGCACAGGAGGUGUAGGCAAAACAACUCUUGCUAGAGCCUUUUAUGAGCAGGAGCGAGAGCGCAAAAACUUUGAGAUUCACUGCUUCCUUGAUAAUAUUAGAGAGGCAUGGGAAAAAGAAGGUUUGAUUUCAUUGCCAAGAAAACUUCUUUCUUCUCUAGAUAAAAAGAGUAUGGAAGUGGCUGACUUUUAUGAAGGAAUGGAGUUAAUAAAAAGCAAGUUGACUGACAGAAAAAUUCUACUUGUCCUUGACGAUGUGAGUGAUAUUAGGCAACUUGAAAAUUUGGCUCCAAAGAAAGGAUGGUUCAGAGAAGGGAGCAUAAUAAUAAUAACAACUAGGGAUAAGCAUUUGUUAUCAUUACAUAGUGUAUCUGCUGUGUAUGAAUUCAAAUUAUUGAGUUAUAACGAGUCCCUUGAACUUUUCCUUGAAAAAGCUUUUAAAGAAGAGCAUCCUAAUGAAGAUUAUUUGAAACUUGCUAGAACCGUCAUUGAGUAUGCUAGAGGCCUUCCUUUAGUGCUCAUAGUGUUAGGUUCAUCUCUUUGCAAAAGACCUAUAGUGGAAUGGAAGGAUGAACUAGCUAAGCUCAAGAAAAUUCCUCCAAAGGACAUUUUGAAGAUACUUCAGGUGAGUUUUGAUGGACUGGAUGAUCAGCAGAAAACCAUAUUCCUGGAUGUUGCUUGCUUUUUCAAUGGGAUGGACAAAGAUCAUGUCAUACAAAUUUUAGAAACUUUGGAUAAGGAUUUUCGCCCAGAAACUGAGAUAAAUGUUCUCAUUAAGAAAUCACUAAUGAUUAGUUAUGAAGGGCAUUUGUGGGUGCAUCAAUCUCUCCCAAGCCUAAAGUCCCUCGAUCUAUCUCAUUCAAAAUGCCUCGUCAAAGUCCCAAAUUUUGAUGGAAUUCCUCAUCUUGAAAAGUUGAUUCUUGAAGGGUGUUCUAACUUGGUUGAAAUUCCCCACUCUCUUGGGCAACACAAGAAACUUGUCAUUGUUGACUUGAAAGAUUGCAAAGAAGUUAAAACGCUUCCAGAAAAAUUUGAGAUGAAUAGCUUGGAGACUUUUAUUCUAUCGGGUUGUUCAAAAGUUAAGAAACUUCCUGAGUUUGGAAAAGAUAUGGCAUGUCUAUCGAAGCUUGAUUUAGAGAAGACUGCUCUAGCCAAACUACCUCAAUCGUUGGGUAAUUUGAUUGGUCUCGUUGAAUUAAAUUUGACAAACUGCAAAAAGCUGGUUUGUCUUCCAUGUAGUGUUAGCAAGUUGAAAGCUCUGAAAGUUAUCAAAAUUUCUAAAUGCUCAAAGCUUUCAUGGCUGCCAGAGAAUUUGAAUGAAAAUGAAGCUUUGGAAAAGCUGGAUUUGAGUGGGAUUGCUAUACAAGGGUUAUCAUUUAGUGACUACAAUAGCGAAACACAAUCUUCAUCAUCAUGGAGUUGCUUAUCCGUUCUUCAAAGGCCUUCAAGCUCCAAAAAGUUUUUGUUGCCGCCGUCUUUGUCAUCUAACGGGAUACGAUUUCAUUGA